CGCGGGGCCUGAUGCACUUGUCCGCUGCCGGUCGGCGCGAGGCGAGAACCCGGCGCGGCCGCUCGGAGCGGGCCCGACUCGGGGCAGCACCGGAGCGGGCCGGGCAGCAGUGGGCGCUCGCGAUCCUCCUCUGCCCAACGCGCUCUCCCUCAGGGCCCGGCCCCCUCCGUCCCCUCCUCCUGCUCCUGCUCCUCCUCCCGCUCCUCCCCUCCGCGGGACUGAUCGCCGAGCCUCCCGCCUGCAAAGUCCCCGGCGCGCCGGCAGCUACCAGCCGCCGUCUCUGCUGGAUCUCCGUGGGUGCCUGCGCCCCAGCCUCGUCCGCCUGCCCCGAGGCGCCCCCCUCCCUCCCGGCUCGCUCCGCCGGCCGCCGGUGCUCCGCGGCGCUGCCCAUGGCCCAGCCCGAGAGCCGACUUCGGGCGCCGGACCGGCUGGACCGCGGCGCAGCUCAGUAACUGGCGGCCCGCGACACCCAUGUGUCACUGAUCGGGAGGUUCUCCCCGCGGCAGCGCUUCAUGACCCAGCGGCGCCCGGCCCAGUGAAGCCACCAUGGUGUCCAGCACAGCGGCGCUGCUCCUGGGCGCCGUGCUCCUGGUGGCCCAGCUGCAGCCCGUGCCCUCCCGCCCCGCCGCCGCCGCCGCCGCCGGCGACGGCCGGGACGGCGCGCCCCCCAACGGCUCGGCGCAGCAGCUGCCGCAGACCAUCAUCAUCGGCGUGCGCAAGGGCGGCACGCGCGCGCUGCUGGAGAUGCUCAGCCUGCACCCCGACGUGGCGGCCGCCGAGAACGAGGUCCACUUCUUCGACUGGGAGGAGCACUACAGCCAAGGCCUGGGCUGGUACCGGGGCCAGAUGCCCUUCUCGUCCCCGCAGCAGCUCACGGUGGAGAAGACCCCCGCGUACUUCACGUCGCCCAAAGUGCCUGAGCGCGUCCACAGCAUGAACCCGGGCAUCCGGCUGCUGCUCAUCCUGCGCGACCCGUCCGAGCGCGUGCUGUCCGACUACACCCAAGUGUUCUACAACCACGUGCAGAAGCGCAAGCCCUACCCGUCCAUCGAGGAGUUCCUGGUGCGCGACGGCCGGCUCAACGUGGGCUACAAGGCGCUCAACCGCAGCCUCUACCACGUGCACCUGCACAACUGGCUGCGCUUCUUCCCGCUGCGCCGCAUCCACAUCGUCGACGGCGACCGCCUCAUCAGGGACCCCUUCCCCGAGAUCCAGAAGGUCGAGCGGUUCCUGAAGCUGUCGCCGCAGAUCAACGCCUCGAACUUCUACUUUAACAAAACCAAGGGCUUUUACUGCCUGCGGGACAGCGGCCGGGACCGCUGCUUGCACGAGUCCAAAGGCCGGGCGCACCCCCGAGUGGACCCCAGACUCCUCAGUAAACUGCACGAAUACUUUCACGAGCCAAAUAAGAAAUUCUUCGAGCUUGUCGGCCGGACAUUUGACUGGCACUGAUUAGCAAUAAAGUGAGGCUCGGAACCUUUCCCGUUGUAAGUUCUGGUGUACGUCUGGGGGAGAGAGAGAAAAAGAAGAAUUUUAAAAGGGCAUUUAAGCUAUAAUUUAUUUGUAAAGUCCAUAAAUUACUUCUGUACAGUAUUAGAUUCACAAUUGCCAUAUAUACUAGUUAUAUUUUUCUACUUGGUAAAUUGAGGGCAUUUUGUAUUGUUUUUCAUGGUUGUUAACAUUGUGUAAUAUGUCUCUAUAUGAAGGAACUAAACUAUUUCACUGCAAAAAAAAAAAAAAAGCAACAAAAAAAAAAAAACCACAGAAAUCUGGAGACCCUGUCUUUUUUGAAUAUGAUUAACUUGCCCCGACUCAAAAUAGCUGUCUGUGUUAUAUUCGUUGCAAGAUCUAUAUAUUCCUUUGUUACUUUAAAAAGAAAUGUUUUUCAUGGCAAUUAUGCUUCUCUCUUGCCCUCUCUUUUCUUCAUUGUUCUUUUUAAUUUUUAAUGUCUCGCUGUGGCCAUCAGAUUUAUUUUUUACUUGCAUUGUGAGAUCUGUCUUCACUGAGAUAUCCCCUGUUAUUUUCUGGAGGUUUCAGGUUCGCCCAUUCUUGACAGCAGGUUCCGGAGUGUGGAUUUUUUUUUUUUUUUUUAACCCCCGUAGACUCCGCGUGGACAAAGCAAUAUUAAGACUGGAAGAGUCGUUAAUACCCGCAAGAGGCUCCCUGUUACACAUCUCUGCCUCAAAGAGUGCUUGCAUCCGUUUCUGAGCUCAGCAAUGGGCAAAACGACACAAUAAAGGGGAUUAAACCGUU